AUGAAAACAGCUGUUCGGCGUCGUGUCCAGCCCACUUCCUUUGCACGCAUUGCACCACAACCUGCACCUCUCCCGUCUUCAACUGAGCAAUCUAAUCCUUCUCUUCCUCAUCCCACUUAUUCCAACCCUCAGCCUCCUUCGCUGCCCCUUCCUCCCUCUUCUACCGCCAGCUUCAGCGCUCCUGCUUUCCCGGCGCCCGGACUGGCCACCCCUGGCCUCGAUCUGCUGUCCCAGCAGUCCCCUCCCGUUCCGGGUCCGGUCACCACCUUUCCGCCGGAGACGACGGCCCCGAUGGGGUAUCCCUACGUGACGCUGCCAGCGAUGGAGGAUCCUGUCCUGCAGCAGUCGUCGUCCUCCCAUCCCUUCCAGUUUCCGGACGACUCUGUGUUUCCGGACAACCCGUCGUCAUUGUCGGACAGCAGCUUUGCUCUUGACUCGACGUUGGCCGGGUUCGAAGACGUAGAUGCGCUUCCAGAAGAUUGGUCGACUUUCUUUUGGUCGCAAUGA